AUGUCGUUUUUGAAAGACAUUCAUACUUUACUUAAAUUUUGUAAAAUUUUUGGUAUAUUGCCAUUUUUCUCAAUUGAGAAAGUAUACAAUUCUCAUUGUUAUGAAUAUAAAUUAACAAAUAAAAAAUUAAUUUUAUCAUAUGGAAUUAUUUUAUUUAUAAUUUUAAAUUCAAUAUAUUUCUUAUAUGAUGUGACUGUAAAUCGAAUAAAUUAUAAUGUAAUUGCAACAAAAGGCGAUACUGAAGCAAUAAAUCAAACAAUUGAAACUGCUUUCGCAAUAAUAACAUAUUCUUUAAUAAUUUUAAUGCAAAUAGAACAAGUGGAUCGAUUUCUAACAAAAAAUAUCAAUCAAGAAAUGAGUUUUACAGCUUACGGUUUCUUUACUGUUGAUAAUUCAACAAUUUUCACGUUUUUCUCAGCCAUUACCACUUAUCUUGUAAUUCUUAUACAAUUUAAUCAACUGGAAUAAAUUAUUUUUUGGAAUUUCUAAACUGUGAAUGAUACAAUUUAUUCUCUACGCUUCAUUAUAAAAUGAAGUUGAUUGCAGCUGAACAAUAUCGCAAUUGAUCCAAAAAACAAUCAUGAUCUUAUAGAUAAACCAUAUGACGUACUAUAUACAAG